CCCCUCAGGUUUCCAUAUUUGCUCCUUCUCCCAAAAUCAAACCACUAUUUUAACUUCUUCGUCUUCUUCUCCUUCUUCGUCGCUCUCCCAAGUUUUCUUCAGAUCGAAUUUGAAGGCGCGAGCGAACCCUAGCGAUUUCAGUCACAUAUUCAGUGCGAUGGGCCAGAUCCAGUACUCCGAAAAGUAUUUCGACGAUACCUAUGAAUACAGGCAUGUGGUGCUUCCCCCGGAAGUCGCUAAACUUCUCCCCAAGAAUCGCCUUCUUUCCGAAAACGAAUGGCGGGCGAUCGGGGUUCAGCAGAGCCGGGGAUGGGUCCACUACGCAAUCCAUCGCCCAGAGCCGCACAUUAUGCUGUUCAGGAGGCCACUCAACUAUCAGCAGCAGCAGGAGAAUCAAGCGCAGCAGAUUAUGGCCAAGUGAUGGAUUUCGUUAUCUUCUCUAGGUACACUAUAUUUGUGUAGAACACUUAUAAAAUAUCAUUGCCCAAAAAAAAAACAAAAACAAAACAAAAAAUCAGGUCUCUGUGUUUGUUGUGUAGUGUAGUUGUUCUUUCUUCUUCUCCAAUUUGGAGAAGCUGUGGCUCUCAGUAUUCUGUCAUAGUCAUAAGCCAGAAUUUCCCCCUUCCCUGUUGACGAAUUUGUGGUUUUAAUUGCUUUUGGUAUAAAUAUGGUUCAUUUCUGCYGUUCUUCUUCUAAUAAUACUAUCUUCUGGAAA